AAAUAUCGUAAGUAAAUGUUUAUAAACAAGGAGCCAAAUAGCAAGCCUGAUCUAACUGGAAAUAAGGCCAAUACCAAUAGCAAUACAGUUAAACCUAUCGGCAAUCGAUAACGUCGCGGUGCCGUGCGUAAGUGAUGGCCAACUCUAGCUGGAUGUAACCAUUGAGAAUCGAGCAUAAUGGGCGACUUGAGCUGGAAAGAUUUCUUGAGCCAGGCUAAGCAGUUCCUGGAAAUUUCCCAGAAGUUGGGUGAUAAUUGGGUGCUGGCGCAAAAGGACUCGAAUGAACCAAACGUCUACCUCAAAUGUAGUCAAAAGAUUAGAUGGCAAAGUGGCAAAAAUAACGCAGGGGAGUUGGUUAGUGUGGAGUAUCACGUAGUCUUCAGUGUUUCCUAUCAAGUACCAAUGUUGUUUUUCCAAGCACACAGAUCAGAUGGAAGUCUUCUGGAUGUCGAGGCCACCUGGAAACUGUUCAUGCCCGAAUCGAAGGCCAGCGAUCUCCACCAGAUACUCACACAGAUGGAUCAUCCCGUGCUUUUCAGACCUUUCAUGGCACUGCAUCCAUGCCGCACAGCUGAAGUGCUAAAGCAGUUCGGAAAGCCCAGCGGCAACCAGGUUCUCUCCUUCAUCAGCCUGUACGGACCACACGUGCAGUUGCACCUGCAAAAUGCAUACGGCUUAAGCCAAGAGUAUACGUAAUUUGAAUUUAUUGGUGGUUGUUUUAAACACUGGUAAUAGGAGUAUACAUGUGUGGAUUAUAAUGGCUUUUACAGUUUUACAUUGCAUUCCCUAUUUUAAAGUGGUUACACCUUUGCAUUAUGCUUAACUUUAGAACAUGGACCCAUAUGGAACCCAUCCGCCUCCAGUACUUGGCACAUGUGAAGAUCUAAAUAGCAGAAUGCUCAGGGGUGAACUGCUGUGGGACACAGGGCUAUAGCAUGUGAUACCUAAAGCAGCACAUCGGUGGAUAAUUUAAGUUGAAAAUUAAAAACUAAUGAACCUACGAA